CGUUGUUUGAAAGAACUGAAGCGAACAUGGCGUCCGACGGACCGCCGGGAACCGAGUCUCUCCAGGCCGAUUUAGGGUCCGCGAUUGCGGCGUUAAACACAUGGAGCCACCCGGAGCUUCAGUCCAAGCUUGCGGAGCUCGGAGCUCCCGCCAUGGGUUCCAGAGAGGAACUGGUUGACAGGCUUAAGGGAUACAUGAUACAGACUGGUAUCCUUCUUAAGAAACCCAGUGAUGACAAACCCAUGGGCUCUCAGAUACCAGGCAUUCCCCCUAUGCCACCAAUGCCUAUGCCCCCAAUGCCCCCUGGCAUGGGCAUGCUCCAGGCUAUGAGUAUGAUGUCUGGAGGGCCCCCUCCAACGGGCAUCCUUCUAGGCAUGGAGCCCCCAGGCAUCCCCCCACCUAGCCUGUCCCAGGAGGACCAGCUGAAGAUGGCCCAGCAGAGAGCAGCUCUCAUGAUGCAGCAGGAGGAGCGAGCCAAACAGCAAGUCAAGGGGGAUUCCCGCAUGGAGGAGCACAUGAAGGAACAGGAGCUCCUGGAGCAGCAGAAGAGGGCGGCGGUGCUGCUGGAACAUGAGCGGCAGCAGGAGCUGGCUAAGAUGCAGCAAGGACCAGGUCCGGCCCCCAGGGUCCCUGACCCGAGCAUCAGGCCACCUGGGAUGUCACCCCUGCCUCCAGUCAAUACUGUGAGAGGUAUGGACCAGCGUGCACCUCUGCCUCCUGGUGUCACCAUGAUGCCCAGCCAGAGGCAGAGGGUUCCCCCGCCUCCAGGAGAGGACAGCAGAGAGACCUGGCAGGGAGAUGAGAUGAAUGUCACUGGGCCCAAGAUCCCUCAGGCUCUGGAGAAGAUCCUCCAGCUUAAGGAGAUCAGACAGGAGCAGCUCACUGCUCCCACAGGGGAAGAGGAAGAUGAUGAUGAGGGAGUGGAUAAUGAGAUGACGGGCUCCUCUGCGCCUGGAAUGUCGGAGAAUGACGAUGACGACAGCCAGAUGUCUAAGAAAGACAAAAACCGCAAACGCAGGAACCGCAAGAAGAAGAACAAGAAAAAGCGCGCCCAGGAGAAGAGGGAGCAGGCAGACCAGCAGAAGAAGGAGGUGGAGGGUGAGAAAGAGGCAGAGGUGGAGAUCGAAUACGUCACCGAGGAGCCGGAGAUCUAUGACCCCAACUUCAUCUUCUUCAAGAGGAUCUUUGAAGCCUUCAAGCUGACUGACGAUGUGAAGAAGGAGAAAGAAAAGGAACCAGAAAAAGCAGAGAAAGCUGAGACAGCCGUGCUGAGGAAGAAGGGAUUUGAGGAGGAGAAGAAAGACAGUGAUGACAGCGAUGAGGAAAUCAGACCAGACGUGCCCAAACUGUCCAAGAAGAAGCUGAGGAGGAUGAACAGACUGACUGUCGCCGAACUCAAACAGCUGGUUGCUCGCCCAGACGUGGUGGAGAUGCAUGACGUGACUGCCCAGGAGCCUAAGCUGCUGGUCCACCUCAAGGCCACCAGGAACACGGUGCCUGUCCCCCGCCACUGGUGCUUCAAGAGGAAGUACCUGCAGGGGAAGAGAGGCAUAGAGAAGCCCCCCUUCGAGCUGCCCGAGUUCAUUAAGAGGACCGGCAUCCAGGAGAUGAGGGAGGCCCUGCAGGAGAAGGAGGAUGCCAAAACUAUGAAGACCAAAAUGAGAGAGAAGGUCCGUCCAAAGAUGGGGAAGAUCGACAUAGACUACCAGAAACUCCACGAUGCCUUCUUCAAAUGGCAAAUGAAACCUAAGCUAACCAUCCACGGAGACCUUUACUAUGAGGGCAAAGAAUUUGAGACGCGUCUGAAAGAGAAGAAGCCAGGCGACCUGUCAGAUGAGCUACGCAUCGCUCUGGGCAUGCCCGUUGGACCUAACUCCCACAAGGUGCCCCCUCCAUGGCUGAUAGCUAUGCAGAGAUAUGGACCCCCUCCCUCUUACCCCAACCUCAAGAUCCCUGGACUUAACUCCCCCAUUCCAGAGAGCUGUACCUUUGGCUACCACGCCGGAGGCUGGGGAAAGCCACCAGUAGACGAGAUGGGCAAGCCACUGUACGGCGACGUGUUUGGGACCAACGCCGGAGACUUCCAGGCCAAAGCAGAGGAGGAGGAGGUAGACCACACACCAUGGGGGGAACUGGAGCCUUCAGAUGAAGAGUCGUCAGAGGAAGAGGAAGAGGAGGAGAGCGACGAGGAGAAACCAGACGAAACGGGAUUCUUCACACCUGCAGACAGUGGGCUGAUCACCCCAGGUGGAUUCUCCUCAGUGCCUGCAGGCAUGGAAACCCCGGAGCUGAUCGAGCUGAGGAAGAAGAAGAUUGAGGAAGCCAUGGACGGGAACGAGACACCGCAGCUCUUCACCGUGCUGCCGGAGAGAAGAACCGGCUCUGUGGGGACGGCCAUGAUGGGCUCCACACACAUAUACGACAUAUCAGGGGCCAUGGCAGGUCGCAAGGUGGGCGGAGGCCAGGACUCUCAGGGUGUGGAGGUGGCCCUGGCCCCCGAGGAGCUGGAGCUGGACCCCAUGGCCAUGACCCAGAAGUACGAGGAGCACGUGAGGGAGCAGCAGGCCCAGGUGGAGAAGGAGGACUUCAGCGACAUGGUGGCCGAGCACGCCGCCAAGCAGAAGCAAAAGAAGAGGAAGGCCCAGCCGCAGGACACGCGAGGCGGUGCCAAGAAAUACAAGGAGUUCAAGUUUUAAAGCAGCAACACACACACACACACACACACGGGGUGAAGAACCAGCGGGUGGACCCUGAGGACGGACGCUGACCCCACACCAUCCAUCUGCUAGACCGACAAUGUUUGUCUACAUUUUUUAAAUCACAAAGGUGUGUCUCAUCUGAUCAGUGAUUCGAACCCCCUCCAGGUGAUCGGCGUGAACGUCUUACUUCCUGGUUGUUGUUGGGGUUUGUUUUUUUUUUUUUUGUCCCUUGUUAUUUUUGUUUCUGUGUAGCCGUGCUCUUUUUCCCUGUUCUUUUUGUAAAUAAAACGAGUUGACUUCC